AUGCAAACUAGAAGUAAGUCCUGUUUUCCCUUGUUUAUAAAUGAGAUGAACCAGUAUAUGAAGACCUUGCAAUACUCUACCAGCACCAAAGCAGUCAGGAUUGUGCUGUUAUAUUGUACCUCUGUUACCCCAUAGAGUGGAAUGAUUUUGAACUUUACACUUGAGCCGAUUAUGUAACUGCACUGAUAGUCCCAUAAGACCACCUAGAGCUCCCGAGCAGGAAUUCCGAGUUGAGGGGGCGUUUUGUGUAUUUUUCCUGGUCGGAAGUUGGGAAUUAUCUCCAGUCGAAUGCAGCAUUACUCCUGAGUGUGCCUGUUGAAAAAGGGGCGGGGCUUUGAUCGUUUGGCCAAUCAAACUGCACCAUGUUCUUGGCUCUGCCCUUUGGCAGUCUAGGAAGUCUGAGAAAAACAGCAGAAGUUCCUGUAUAAUUUUUGGAGCUUAGUUUGUAUCGUAAUCUCGUCAGCAAGAUCCACACUAUGGCUCAGCAUGUUGCUGUGAUUGGAGGAGGAAGCUCUGGACUGACCUGCAUAAAGUGCUGCUUGGAUGAGGGUCUAGAGCCAGUGUGCUUUGAGAGCAGCGAUGACAUUGGAGGACUCUGGAGGUUUAAGGAGACACCAGAGCCUGAACGCUCCAGCAUGUACCGCUCACUGGUCGUAAAUACCUCAAAAGAGAUGAUGUGCUUUAGUGAUUUCCCCAUGCCAGCACACUACCCAAACUACAUGCACCACUCCAUGCUGCUGAACUAUUUACGGCUGUAUGCUGAGCACUUUGACCUGCUCAAGUACAUUCACUUCCAGACAACAGUGCUCAGUGUGAGACAGAGGCAUGACUUCUCUCACACAGGUCAGUGGGAGGUGAUAACUGAGGACAGAGAUGGACACAAAGAAACACACGUGUUCGAUGGGGUGCUUGUAUGUUCGGGAAGCUUCACACACCCUGUUACACCCCUCUCAGCAUUUCCUGGUAUAGACACGUUUCCAGGGAAGUGCUGCCACAGUUGGGAAUAUAAGGAUCCACAUUCCUUCAAUGGGAAGAGGGUGGUGGUUAUUGGCAUUGGCAACUCUGGUGGAGACAUUGCUGUGGAGAUCAGCAGAGUGACAGAAAGAACUUUUCUGAGCAUGCGUGGAGGUGCAUGGGUUGUGAGCCGUUUGUCUACCGGUGGCCUGCCUUUGGACAUGAACAUGAUUACACGUCUGAACGCCCUUCUGCUGCAAGUGUUUCCUCGAGCUCUGCUCAGCUGGGCAGUGGAGAGAUUCUACAAUCAGAAAUAUAACCACAGGCUGUACGGACUGCAGCCCAGCCACAGAAUGCUCCACCAACGACCCAUCAUUAACGAUGAGCUACCAGGACGCAUCCUUCAGGGGGCACUGCAGGUGAAACCAAACGUGCGAGAGUUCCGAGGCUCGACUGUUGUAUUUGAUAAUGAGGCAAUCGAAGAUGGGAUAGAUGCAGUUAAUGGGAUAGAGGCAAGCUUCCCAUUCUUACUGUCUUCAAAGAACAACGAUCCUGUGGGGGAAGUGAGCCUCUACAGAAGAGUCUUCCCUCUGUUCCUAGAGCACCCCACACUGGCCUUCAUAGGGUUACUCAACGCCUCAGGGCCUAUAAUGCCUGUAACGGAAAUGCAGGCAAGAUGGGCCACCCGAGUCUUUAAAGGUUUAAACCGACUUCCUCCCGUAUCAAUAAUGCACAAGAUCACAGAGAAAGAUUGGAAGGCAAAAAUGAAAAGAUACUCUUGUCCAAAGAAAGCUACUCUCGAGGUGGGCUUUAUCCCUUAUUUGGAUUCCAUCGCACAGGAAAUCGGUGUGCGUCCCAACCUCUUGUGGCUGUUCCUGACUGACCCUGGUUUGGGUUUGAGGGUUCUGUUCGGUCCCUGCACCCCGUACCAGUUUCGGCUGUGUGGGCCGGGUCAGUGGGACGGGGCUCGUCAGGCCAUCUUCACCCAGUGGGAGCGUGUAGCCCAGCCAUUCAAGACACGCCCCAUUCCAGAGCACAAAACUUCUGGACUACACUACUGGCUGAGUCUGGCAGGAGGGGUGAUGCUGAUUUUUGCUCUCAUUCAAUUGCAGAAGAGAAAUAAACUUUUCUUCAGUGUCUGAUUACAUAUAGUAUGGCCUCCAUUGCAUAGUCUGCUCUAGAGAUUGCAUGUAUGUAGAUUGAUUUCUACUCAGUUAUUGUAACUUGAAAUGGUAUUUGUACACAAAAAAAAUCAUGUGAAAGGUUUGCUGAGCUGCAUUUCUAGCAUGUGACCGUUGGUGAACUGCAUGGUUUUAGCCCUGCCACAUAUUGGAUUGAGGUCUGGGCUUUGAGUGGUCAUUCUAAAAUAUUCAAGUUGCUGGUUUUAAACCAAUUAGCUGUGCUGAGAUUGGAACAUCACCAAAAUAAUAUGAUGACCUCUUCCACUGAAGGACUGACAAAAUGUGCGUAACAACAGAUGGGCUACAGUAAUAGUAUAUGUACAAAGUGAUCUAUGGUAUCGAUGGAUCUUAUAUUAAAUGGCCUGUGAGUGUAGAAACAAGGUAGGGGCAGUCUGUGGCCUAAUGGAUAGAGAAUCGGACUUGCAACCUGAAGGUGAACCUGAAGGUCGUGGGUUCGAGCCUCAGAUCCAGCAGGGAUUGUAGGUGGGGGGAGUGAAUGACCAGCGCUCUCUCCCACCCUCAAUACCACGACUGAGGUGAGACCCUUAAGCAAGGCACCGAAACCCCCAACUGCUCCCCGGGUGCCGCAGCAAAAAAAAAGGCUGCCCACUCCGGGUGUGUGCACUCUGUGUGCACUCUGUGUGUGCACUUGGAUGGGUUAAAUGCAGAGCACAAAUUCCAAGUAUGGGUCACCAUGCUUGGCCACGCGUCACUUCACUUCACUUCAAUAAUAAAGUGGCCACUAAGUUUAUUUGUUAAGAACCACCAAUAACAAUUCUAUUCAACCAACUGCAUCUGGUGCAGUAGUGCUGUUGAGGGGCAUUGACUUCCCCUGGCCUCUCGAUGAUAACAGUUUUAACUUGGACAUGGUUGUGAGUGGGUUGUUCUCAGCAUGGCGCCAGACCUUCAACAAAGCAAUUAAAGCUCAUUUACAGAUUUCCUAGAAUAAUCCCAUAUUGGAAUAGCAUAAUAGAAAAUAUUCCCUUGAAAAAGUUUGGAGCUUGCCUAUUCUAUGCAACCACCAACAACGUUAGAGAGGUGACUUUUAAAUUGUUACACAAAUUUUAUUUAUAAAAAGCUUUCUUCAAAUGAUACAAAUCUGACAUUGGUACAAAAUGCUCCUUCUGUGACAGUGAGGAAGAAAAAUAUGUGUAAUUUGUUUUGAUUUUUCAAAAAUGUUGGUCAGAUAUUUUAUCCUUCUUAAGA